AUGUUGGAAAGACUUGAUUGCAUUAAGGAUUCGUUGUCGCUUUAUUCUACUAAUAAUAAAAUAGAACAGUUUGAUGCCGAAGAGUGGAUUUUAAUUCAAGAAUUAGUGAGUUCUGAAGCCUGUGGAGGUUACCACAAAAAAUUGAGCGCACAAAACAUAUGUAUAUCCGACGUUAUUCCUCUAGUACGAGCAUUAAAUAAAUUGUAUGACGGGAUUCAAAUUUCUGCUAAUAGUGGGGAAACUCUCAACAUCAGCACACCUGCCGUUCUUGAUUUUUUGUCUUCUUUAAAGAAUGAAUUAGAUUAUCGUUUUUCUGAAAUCGACAAAAAUAUGUUGUUCCAAAUAGCAACAUUUUUAGACCCACGUUACAAAGCUUUAGAAACAGAAGUAAAUAUCACAACAACUACAACUAUCACAGAAAAACCAAAUGCUGUAAGAAAAGAAUAUUGCAACAAUUUAGAAGACUCUAUAGCUAAUAUGUUAGAUAGUGAUGAUGAAGAUGAGAAAUCUGAAAACCAAAUAUCAUACACUAAUGCUAAUUUGCUCACAGAAUAUGCCACAGAAAAAAGAUUAUCAAGAGACCAAGAUCCAUUAAUGUAUUGGGAGAUUAAUAGUAAAAAAUUUGGAGGUCUUAGUCACAUGGCUCGCACAUAUUUAUCAUCACCUGCAACAAGCGUUCCAAGUGAGCAGUUUUUCAGUGCAGCAGGAAUUAUUUACGAUCCUCAUCAUAUCUGCGGAUACGGAUACGGUUAUCCGGCACAUCACUAA